CCCCGGAAGUGGAGGCUUCCUACGCCCCUAAGCUCCGCCCCCCGCGGCCAGCGAGAGUGACAGGAUGGCGGGGCGCGCGACGCUGCUGGUGCUGCUGGCCGGGGCAGCCGUGCUGGCGACCGCCUCCCAAGGCGACCGCGAGCCGGUGUACCGCGACUGCGUGCUGCGGUGCGAGGAGCGGAACUGCUCGGGGGGCGCACUGAAGCACUUCCGCUCCCACCAGCCAAUCUACAUGAGUCUAGCAGGCUGGACUUGCCGCGACGACUGCACAUACAACUGCAUGUGGUUCACCGUCGGCCUCUACCUCCAGGAGGGCCACAGGGUGCCCCAGUUCCACGGCAAGUGGCCCUUCUUCCGGUUCCUGUUCUUCCAAGAGCCAGCCUCUGCUGUGGCCUCUUUCCUCAAUGGCCUGGCCGGCCUGGUGAUGCUCUGCCACUACCGCACCUCCGUGCCAGCCUCGUCACCCAUGUACCACACAUGCGUGGCCUUCGCCUGGGUGUCCCUCAAUGCUUGGUUCUGGUCCACCGUCUUCCACACCAGGGACACGGAGCUCACAGAGAAAAUGGAUUACUUCUGCGCCUCGGCCGUCAUCCUGCACUCCAUCUACCUGUGCUGUGUCAGGACCGUGGGGCUGCAGCGCCCGGCCGUGGCCAGCGCCUUCCGGAGCCUCCUGCUGCUCCUGCUCGCGGCGCACGUGUCCUACCUGAGCCUGGUCCGCUUCGACUACGGCUACAACAUGGUGGCGAACGUGGCCCUUGGCCUGGCGAACGUGGCGUGGUGGCUGGGCUGGUGCCUGCGGAAUGGCCGGCGGCUGCCGCACGCACGCAAGUGCGCGGCCGUGGUCCUGCUGCUGCAGGGGCUGUCGCUGCUCGAGCUGCUCGACUUCCCGCCCCUCUUCUGGGUCCUGGAUGCCCACGCCAUCUGGCAUAUCAGCACCAUCCCCCUGCACGUCCUCUUUUUCAGCUUCCUGGAGGACGACAGCCUGUACCUGCUGAGGGAGACCGAGGCCAAAUCCAAGCUGCACUGAGGACCCUGGUGGCUGCCGCCCACUCCCCGGGAUGAUGGAUUUUAGCCGUUUAGCUUUUUUAUUUUUUGAGACAGGGUCUUGCUAUGUCGUCCAGGCUGGCCUUGAACUUACAGCAAACCUCCUGCCUCAGCCUCCUGAGCCCUUUUAGCUUCCUGAACUCGGACUUGAGGGGUGUGGGCCCACUCACGCAGCCGCCCACCUCUCACUGUUCGCACGGACGAUGGCCUCCCUGUCAUGGGCCAGGGCAGCUGCGCUGUGCAGGACAGGAGAGCAGGAAGCGCUGUCUCUGCUCCCCCAGCCAGGCCCUCUCCUGGUGACCUGGCACCCAGGUCCCGAAGGUGGGGCCUCCUUCUGCUGCCCCGCCCUCCCGCAAGGCGCCACCAGGUGGCGCUAGAUGCCUGCGCUGCACCCAUUUUGAGGGCCAGUUUCUCCCCCAUGGGGUCGCAGGGAACGCGCAGUUGGGCCUGGGGCGGGGCCUGGGGAGGUGUUGCACCCCGAUUCUGAGGCCUCACCUCACCCCCUUCAGGGAAGGACCCCGAGGGGCCGGGCCCAGUGAGUGCAGAGGCGAUGGAGAGCUCGCUCGGCGUGGGGGCAGUGUAGACAGGAGUGGGCGGGUGCAGGGGUGGGAGGGGGCUGCGCAGACUGGGUGCGAGUGAGGGCUGAGUGUGACAGCAAGUGCGUGUGCCACGGGGCGGGGCUUGGGCGCGGGGCGGCCCGGUCAGGGUCAUCGGCAGAGCCCAGCCGUGCCCCUGGCCGCAGCCAGGCAGAGGCCGGGUGUGCACCGGGUCUGCACGUGUGUGCUCCUGGGCAGUGCCCUUUGCUGCCCCCUCAAACCUCACAGGACCCCACAUAACUUUUCUUUUAGACAGGGUCUUGCUACGUAGUCAGGCUGGCCUUGAACUCACUGUGGACCCCAAGCUGGUCCUGAACUCAUGGCGAUCCUCCUGCCUCAGCCUCCCAAGUGCUAGGCCUACAGGCGAGCCCCACCGUGCCCAGCUCCCCACACAACCGGAGAGCCCCCCAGAACCAAUGCCUUCAGGGCAGGGCAGGGGAAGAACAUGGGGCCACCCUCUCCGGCCUCCCUGUCGCUUGGCAAGGCCCCCCUCCCCUUUGCCAGCCUGGACUUGGGGGGCAGCAGGCAUUUUGGGGAAGGAGAGGAGAAAGCUGUGGCUGGGACUGGCUCUGCCUCCCAGACGGGCUCUUUGUGCCACAGCAGCUCAAGAGCAGGCAGGGCCACAUUGCCCGCGUCCUGGCACAGGUGACUCGGGCUUUGCCGGCUGCCCUGGCCGCCAGGACACUCCAUCCCGGGGCAGCUGGGGCGCCCGGAGCCGCGGUUCCCCCAUGGGGCAGGGGCUGCGCUACAAGUAGGACCCCAGGGCUCUGAGACACCCGCCCCCCCCCACCGCACGGUGGGUGGGGCGCGGCACGGGAAGCGCUAAUAAACCCGCUCCUCUCCCCGCC